AUGCCAGCCCCCGCAGCCAUGGAGAUUCCCAAAAUGAUGUCAGGUCCAACUAACCCGUCCGUGUCUAGUUUACUGGCGACUCUGUCGCCUGAGAUUCGCAACUACGUCUACGAGCACUUGUUCAAGCUCCACCAACCCGUGCUUCUUCACGACCGCGAGGCAUAUCGCCACUCUCUGGUUGCUGCACACGGCAGUAACCUACAUAUUCGAAUUGCACAUCAGCAGAAUGCCAUCGCGGAUCUAAGUGCUGAAGAAAUUGAAAGCAUAAAGGCACACACGAACGAUAUUGAGCACCUUGUCCAAGAGGAGGACUUUCGUCACGGUUUCGGCGAAGGCAUCGCACUUCUGCGGUCGUGCAAACAGAUCUACCAUGAAGCAGCGAGUUUCUUAUACGGCUCAAACAGUUUCCUCUUCACUAAUGCCCUCAAUCAGUUGAGAUCAGACCUGUAUAACCCGCAGAAGUCCGCGGACAAGUGGUUGACAGACAUCGGAUCGCAAUACUCCAUGUUGUCGCGGGUUCAGAUUGAUGCAGACGGAUUUGACUCUGGAGAUCGCGCAGGUGACAGAAACCAUGAUCUUCUACCCGUGCUGAAACACGUUUGGGCGAACCCUAAGGCUAAGUGCGAGCUCACGUUUGCGCGGUCCGGACGAUAUCCUCAGAGGCUUGGUAUUUUCAGCAACUUGCCAAUCGCAGCUGGCCCGGCUAGUCAUCAUUGUCAGACGGAAGUUUUAAACAACUUGCUAAUCACUUUGGGAAAGAAGGACGCUUUGAAUCUCAAGCGUUAUGCCAAAUACCCCCAGCUUAUGCCCGCAGUCAUUAUCCAAGAGGAGGAUAUAGAAGAGGGCAAGCCAAUCGAGGGAAAAGUCAUGUUCCAGGAUCUUUCCACUUCGCUAUUCGAUAGGAAUCCUGAGGGAGGGUUUAAGGUCAACAAUAGUGGUGGCGACGUCAGCUGGAGCGAACACGAAGACAUACGACUUCCCCUUGGUGUCCUACUCGAUGUCGACCAUCAUAUGCGCUCAUCUCCAAAGAGCAUCACGUUUGAUCUUGACGCCAAGAAAGCCUAUGGGCUGCAGAUGGGACUACGUGGGCUUAACAGUGAUCUUGAACAUAUACUCGAUCACUAUCAGAGCCCGAUUCAAAACGACGUCAGGAUUCGAAUGUCUACCAAUCAGAGCUACACCGAGUUCGCCGGCUUCCAAUCUUUGGCGGAAUGGGCCAACAUUAGCAACUUCGGCAAAAUGAUGGACAGGAUGGACAAGAAACACCGUUGCUAUUUGAUCCUCAACUUCGACCUCCCUGGCGCCUGUCCGGCUAGAAAUCUUCGAAUUGGUAUCGCAGACCUGUUCAGGAUACUGCAUUCAAAUACGAGGGUGACUCUGAUCGUAUCAGGAUACGAUCGCAACCCGCACCGUGCUCAAGUCAUUGAGUGGUACGACCUGCAAGUCAGAGCAUUCCUAUUCAUAUCUGAUCUUCUACUACAGGGUCACCAGUAUGGGUGUUUACAAUCAAACGUCCAGAUCUGGAUCAACGGCAACUUGGAAUUUGUGGGGGCCGGGUUUGCCGCAACCUUCAACGAUCCUUACUUGUGGACCUCACAUACUUCUAUCAGCACUGAGCAAACAGACCCAGCGCAACUCGACCAACUGUGCUACGAGAAGAUCAGACAAGUCGAGAAUUAUCUUAGCGGUUCAAUUGUGCCCAAUCUAUCACAUCAUCAAUGGCCUGCUGAUAGUCUGGUGGGCUUGUGGCUGAAAUUGCGGGAUAAGCAUUGGAGUGAUUGGCGCCGGUGA